CAUUAAAUUGGAAUAUUUUGUGUUGAUUUUGUAGUAGAAGAUUUUUUUGUGUUGGAGCCCAAUUAUUUACCCGCCGUUAUAGUUUCAGAAUAUAAUCCCACCGCUGCUUAAACCCUAACUCCGGCCGAUAGGAAAUUCUGUGAAAUUGAUAGCAAAUUCCCCCAAAUUGGAUUCUGGAAAGUUGAUGUAAGCUGAAAAAUGGAGCAGAAGAAGAAUAAUAAGAACAAUGGUGGAAGAAUAAAAGAAGAGAGCAACACUCCGUCCGAAGUAUUCGCUUCCUGCUCUUUCUCCAGUCUCGGCCUUCAUCCCACACUAUGCGACCAGCUCAAAGAGAGGAUGGGUUUCGACGCGCCGACGCUGGUUCAGGCUCAGGCAAUACCAGUCGUGCUCUCCGGCCGACACGUGCUUGUGAAUGCGGCGACGGGCACUGGGAAAACUGUCGCAUAUCUGGCUCCGAUUAUUCAUUUAUUGCAGAAAUUUGAUCAACGAGUUCAGCGGUCAGAUGGUACUCUUGCGUUGGUUCUUGUACCAACGCGUGAAUUAUGCAUGCAGGUGCAUGAAAUAUUGCAGAAGUUGUUGCAUCGUUUUCACUGGAUUGUGCCUGGCUAUAUCAUGGGUGGCGAAAACAGGUCGAAGGAGAAAGCUAGGUUAAGGAAAGGUGUAUCUAUCCUUGUUGCGACUCCUGGACGCCUUCUGGACCACUUGAAGAAUACCGCAUCAUUUGUGCAUACUAAUCUUCGCUGGAUAGUAUUUGACGAAGCUGAUAGGAUUCUUGAACUAGGGUAUGGAAAAGAUAUAGAAGAUAUACUAAAUUUUUUGGGCACAAUAAAAAAUAAAGAUGCGGAUCCAGAAGUUCGGAUGCAGAAUUUGUUGUUAUCAGCUACACUUAAUGAGAAAGUGAAUCAACUUGCUAAUAUUAGUUUAGAGAAUCCAGUCACGAUUGGUCUUGAUGACAAGAAGUUGCAAAUUGCAAAUCACAAGCACUUUUCAGUUGAAUCUGAUGGGGUCGAUAAAGCAGAAGAACCCGGAAAAUUAAAUUCUUCAGAGAAGGAAUAUAGGCUUCCUUCUCAGUUAGUUCAGAGGUACAUUAAAGUACCAUGUGGUUCUCGACUUGUUGUGCUCCUUUCCAUUUUAAAGCAUCUCUUCGAGAGAGAGGCUUCCCAAAAGGUUGUGGUAUUUUUUUCGACAUGCGAUGCUGUUGAUUUCCAUUAUUCUCUGAUAAGUGGAUUUCUGUGGUCAGCCAUGCCGCAAUCAGAAAAAGAACAAAGAACAAAAUUUUUAGGCUGCAAAACUUUGAGGUUACAUGGGAGCAUGAAUCCCGAAGAUCGUAAAACAACAUUCCAAACGUUCAAAACAGAAAAAUCCGCUCUUCUAUUGUCAACAGAUGUAUCUGCUCGAGGCCUGGAUAUCCCAAAAGUCAGAUGUAUCAUACAGUAUGAUUCUCCAGGCGAGGCCACUGAAUAUGUUCACAGGGUUGGAAGAACUGCGAGGUUGGGUGAGAAGGGAGAUUCUAUACUGUUCUUACAACCACUUGAGAUAGAUUAUUUGAAGGAUCUGGAGAAACAUGGGGUGGCGUUGUCGGAAUAUCCCGUUCUCAAACUUCUGAGUAGCUUUCCUUCGUAUAGUUCGAAGAACCAGGCCAACAAGUUUGUUUCAAUAGAGAUGCAUCCAUGGUUGGUUGCUUUGCAGAGAGGUUUAGAAUCAUUUAUCUCAUCGGAGCCAAAGGUGAACAAAUUAGCCAAGGAUGCAUUUAGCUCGUGGGUCCGUGCAUAUACUGCGCAUCGUGGUGAACUGAAACAGAUUUUUACGGUGAAGAAACUUCAUCUGGGACAUGUGGCCAAAAGUUUUGCAUUGAAAGAUCAACCUUCAAUAGUUAACAAAUCAAUCCAAAAGCAAUUGAAGCGGAAGAGGGACGACAAGCAGAAAAUAAAAUCAAAGAAGAGGUUUAUCAGUAAAUCUCGGGUCGUGAGUUCUGAAUAGAGAAAGCCUCUAGCUCUGCACUUUCCUCGUUGACUUUAAUUAUGCGCAAUACAAUUGCCAAGCUGGCAUUCGAGAGUAAUUAAGAAGGCAAGCAUAAAGGUUAGCACUCUUAACAUAUAUAAUACAUAUUGACUUAUUCUUGCAGAAGUUACAUGCAGAAGCCGAUUGCUAUCGAUAGUUCGCUUUAUGCUUCGGUCAAGUGUACCUUUCUUUUCCUUUUGAGUAUCAUUCACUUCUGAGAUACUGUUGUAAUAUAUACGAUUGACUGUCUAUUUGGGUUUACAUGAAUUUCUACAUGAUGUGUACCAAACAUACUAUGUGUUCGGAUUCUAGAAUUACUCUCGGUGACAAUAUAUUCUCGUUUCUGUAAA